AUGAUGAGGCAUCGACGACGUUCCUCCACUUCAAUUUUCCUCAUUUUUCUUAUUUCCUUCUCCUCAUCGGUCCCCUCAAUUUCCACUCAAGACCCACAAAUAUCGGAUCAACCGAUCAUCUCAAAUCAUGCUCCAGUACUUCAAGUCUCGUCUACAGAGGGCUUUUUGGCUGAAACUGCUGAAAUUGGAACGACGGUUCGGGUCUCGCCAAAUAGUCAAUCAGAAUCGUUGCAGAUUUUGGUGAAUGAUGAGGAUUUGCAACCUGGAAUGCCACCUGCCACGUAUCAAUACAUUCUGACUGGUCUCGGAGCAACUAUCUUCGCAGUUGACCAGAGAGGAUAUGUGUAUUUGAAUGUACCAAAAAUUGAUGCGGAUCCACCAAAUCCAUCGACCUAUCAGUUGAAUGUUGAAGCCCGCGAGGUGAACACAAUCCCAACGCGUCGAAGUGAACCCGUCACCAUCACAAUCCACAUUUUGGACGUAAACGACAAUUCUCCACAAUUCGAACAACCGAUUUAUAUGGCGAAUACGACUGCAAAUGGAGAGGAAAGAGAUGUGGUCAGAGUGGUGGCGACGGACGUGGAUUCCGGAGCAUUUGGACAAGUCACUUAUGCUAUUGCUCAGGUAACCAACGGAGCCGAAGACAAAUUCCGUUACGAGCCAGCUACCAAUAUGCUCCUGGCUACUGGCCAUUUGACUCCUGGAGAGAGAUAUCAAGUUGUAAUAGAAGCAACUGAUGGAGGUGGCAGAAGCUCUCAGGCUAUUGUGAUUGUCCUGGCAAUGGAUCCAUCUCAACACACGUUUAGUUCGUUGGCACCACUUCCAGGGAUGGAAACUUUUAUGCCGAAUCCAUUGGCUAUGGCUACGACUCCAGGGACUAUGGUCACUAGUGCAGAAUCCGAAGAAACCAUCCAAACAUUUGUCACCGAAGUCAAUGAGAACACCCCAGCUAACACGGUUGUGGUUUCAUUGGGUGAUGAGUCUUCCAAAGAUUUGACGUAUUUCAACAUUGUCGGUGGCAAUGAGGAAGGCAAAUUCGCUAUUGAUGAUGCUGGCACCAUCGUAACCGCUGACGAGUUGGACCGUGAGAAGACAGCAAUGUAUUCUCUCCAAGUGGAAACGAGAUCUCGUAAUCCAGAUCAACAUUUAUAUUGGACACUUGCCCAGGUUACUGUAAUGGAUGUCAAUGAUAACUCACCGAUUUUCACUGAUCCACAGCCAAUUCGUCUAAGAUUAAGUAUUGAUGACAUCGAGCAGUUGACUGCAAAUAUGAUCAUCGGAAAGAUUGGAGUAGAAGAUGCAGAUGCUGAUGAUAACGGAAGAUUGGAAUUGAGAAUAAUGCCACCACACAAUAAACUGUUCGCUAUCUCCAAUGAAGGAAUUCUGAGUGUCAAUGGAGACUUUACUGCUGCUCAUUUUGGAGAGCAUGAUGUCACAAUUGUAGCAAGAGAUCAUGGAGAACCAUCACUUGAAACAAGAGCCAGAGUGCAAAUUUCUAUAUUCGGAACUUUGAUCACUAUGGCAACGGUAGCGCCGACGAACGAAGUAUUCGAGUACACUUCAAGCGUCGAAGAAGAGCCACAAACCACGAAUCCAGACGAGUUCCUUCAAACCGUCACCAUGCCUCCAUCCACCAAAAACCAGGUCCCUCAACAGAUAUUCUCCUCGUUCCCGGCACCUGUACAGACGUCUGCUCCGGAACCAGAAUUCCCACAAUUCCCCACUUUCCCAACACUCAGUCCACAUCCUCAGAUCGACGAGGAAACCGAAGAAGAGGAAACCGAGAAUCCUGAAGAGUAUCCGGAUACGGUACCCACCGUACCGACGGCUACAGUACCCCAACCGGAUUAUUCGGAAGAAUAUGGACAAGAGGCAAGUAGCACGAGUAGCACGACUCAAGUACACGGCGUUUGGUCUGAAAUAUCCGAGUUCCCUGAGACAACUGAAACCGACACGUUUGGCACAGUGCCCCCAGAUACCGAAUCCACUGCACCAGCACCUGAAACUGCACCUGAAACACCCGAUAUCGCACUGGAAACCACCGAAAUGCCUGAGAAUCACACAGAACCAUCCACGGAGAAUGCAGAGAAUGCAGAGAUCGAGAAUUCGUGGCAAGAGGAAUUCGGCACCAGUCAGGAACUUCCAUCCCACCCAACAACAAAAAUGGCUCCACCAGUCACUCAAGCUCCGCCUCCUCAACCAGCUCAAAAACGACUUGCUCCAGUCUUCAAACCAUCUCAAAUCACAGUACAAAUCGAUGAAAAUGAGUCACAAGUAGAGAUUACGAAAGCCCAUGCCACGUAUCCAGAUGGGUUGUCUGGAACGAUUACAUACGUUCUUCAUAAGGGAGAUCCCAGUCUUUUCUCUGUAUCUUCUUAUUCUGGAUCUAUUAAUUUAUUGAGAGCAUUGGAUGCAGAAGCCAACUCGACUGCCACUAUUCAAGUUUCCACUUCGGAGGCCCAAACAAUGGAAGUGGAUCCAAAACUCGCUCAUUUCGUUAGCAUUACAAUUAACGUCGCUGAUAAGAACGAUUGGAUUCCAAACUUUGAAAGUGGAUCAUAUGAAUUCGAUGUUAAGGAAGACACUCUUCCGGGAACUAUUGUGGGACAAGUUAAUGCAUUUGAUCAGGAUAGAGAUGAUCCAAACAACCGUAUCCGGUACCGUCUCCUGUCUGCAGGUGGUCUGGAAGCCCAUUUCAAUGUGAAUGCUGAGAGUGGAUUGAUCACUUUGGCAAGGCCUAUUGAUGCAUUCGCCGGGGAGAAGAUUACGCUGCGAAUCGAGGGAGCCGACAGUGGAAUGCCACCACUCUCCUCCACAACUACAGUACUCAUCAACGUGGUUGCCACGUCAUCUCACUUGAUUCCUGACGCCUCGCCUGUCUCGAAUACACCGAACGAGGGAGAAUUGCAGUUCAGUUUGAGAAAUUAUACAGCAUCUGUAUCUGAAGCUGUCCGUCCACCUCACUUGGUUCAAGUACUGUCAGUGAUGAAUAAACCAACGGAUACCAGAUUUAUCAUCUGUAAUAUUGUAUCUGGAAACUAUCGUGGAGCAUUCGGAGUCACUGCUGGAAAUGAUGGAAAUUGUGAGCUGAGAACGCAGAUGGAGUUGGAUAGGGAGACUGUUGAGAGAUACCUCCUAAAUGUGACCGUAACCGCUGGAACUCAAACCGACUAUGCGCUUGUCUCGAUUACUGUACUGGAUGUGAAUGACAAUGUGCCUAGAUUCGUUUAUGAUUCGGAUCUCGGAUUGACCACUUACUUCGGAGCAGUUUCCUCGGUGGCCAAUGCGUUCACAAGAGUGCUAACAGUGAAGGCUGAAGACGCAGAUCUCGGAAACAGUAGUCUCGUGAACUAUGCAUUGGAUCCACUCUCCGCCCAUUCCAAAUACUUUUCAAUUUCUCCAUUCGGUGAAAUCAGUACGAAACAGAGCAUGUCAACUAUUUUAAGCAGAAAUCGUCUUCAAUUUUUCGAGUUUAGAGUAUCCGCUUGUGACUCGCCAAUAUCCGGUCAGCAGUUGUGCUCGAAGGCAGAUGUUGUUGUGAAUGUAAUCGGGUCGACCAAUAGAUUCAAAAUGAUUAUCUAUGGAUUAAACCCACAACAGUUGAAGAAACAUGAGAAAGAUCUGGUGAAAUCGAUUAGGCAAUUCACUGGAAGCUGUAAUUUAUUGACAAUUGAGAAGAUGAUUGAGCACACUGCUAUUGAAAAUCAGAUCCGAACGGACAUCUACUGGUACGCAGUGAACCCCACAACAAAGAAGAUUUGCAAGAAACAAGACAUUCGAAAGUUAUUCGAGACGUCGAAUGUUCAAUUGAUUGCUGGAAAAGUGCAGCCAUGGUUCAGACUGGAAAGAAUUUCAGAGGAUGCCGGCGAAGAAGGAAAUCUGUCGAAUGGAGGGAUUCUGUCAACCAACUGGAAGACAUCCAACAUUCUUUUGAUCAUACUUGCUGUCACCGUUGCUCUCGGAGCUAUAAUUGGAAUCUGUGCCAUUUGUGUCUUCUGGAAUCGAUACAAGACGGCGCAACGGAAUGCAUCCAACUUUUCCCACUCAUACCCUCAGAAGUUGGGUCCAAUCUAUCAUCCAACAAUGGGAAUGGAUCCACGAACAGAGUAUGAUUAUGAGACACAAAAUGUGAAUAUGUUGAUUUCUGAUGAGGAUUUGACAAUGAAGAGUGGAUCGAUUGGAGUGCCAGCACAUCAGAGAAUGGGUGGUGGGGGGCCACAAUUUGGAGGUCCUGGAUUCGGAGGACCUGGGGGACCACAGAUGAAUGGAGGAGGGGGUGGAGGAGGAGGAAAUCAGAGUUAUAGAACAUAUGGAUAUAGGCCUGCACAGAGUACGGCUUACGAAGGAGAUUUUAGCAUAGAAGAAUCAAUGUACGCAAUUAAUCCAUCAGGACGACUGGAUCCGGUUACGAAGUGA